CCCUGUGUUUUUAGACAUUCCUUGUACUGCUCCCAUCAUGGUAGUCUGUCUGGCCCAGAGUAUGGUGCAGAGGAGCGGCCGCUGGCUCCUGCCGUUCCCUACUGCCCUGUCUCUGGUCUACACCAGGGCUGCAGGAGGCACCCCUUCUCCCUCAGUCGCCCAACCGUCCACCUCCCAGGAUAAGAUUCGGACCGAGGAUGACCUCCCCAGGAUUAAAACCAGGGAGAUGUUGUACAGAUUGUAUGUCCAAGGCUACUACAAGCGCCUACAUGAGCUACAGGUGUAUGAGAAGCAGCUGUACGGCCCCAUGUACAAAAUAGGCGUAGGCAGCAUUAACUCCGUUGUUCUCAACAGUGUGGAGCUACUGGAGGAGCUGCUUAGGAAGGAUGAGAGGUUCCCCAGCCGAGGAGACAUGUCCCUCUGGACAGACUACCGGGACCUGAGGGGCAUUGGUUACGGCCCCUUCACUGAGGAAGGGGUAAAGUGGUACAAUCUGAGGACUGUGCUGAACAAGCGCAUGCUGCACCCUAAAGACUCGGUGCAGUACGGAGACGUGGUCAACGAGGUGGUCAGCGACCUGAUCAAGAGGAUCUACCACCUACGCCGGACCAGCCCCACGGGAGACCGGGUGAACAACCUGUCCAAUGAGCUCUACCGAUUCUCUCUGGAGGGAAUCUCUUCCAUCCUGUUUGAGACUCGGAUCGGCUGUCUGGAGGAAGAGAUCCCAGUGGAGACGCAGCACUUCAUCGAUUCCAUCGCUCAGAUGUUCUCCUACAGCUUGCCGGUGGCCAUGCUGCCCAAGUGGAGCCGCAACAUCCUGCCAUUCUAUGGGCGCUACAUCGCUGGCUGGGAGGGCAUCUUCAAAUUCUCUGUGAAGUUUAUUGAGAUGAAGAUGGAGGCAAUUCAGAAGCGAGUGGACACAAACCAGGAAGUUGAGGGAGAAUACCUAACGUACCUCCUCUCCAAUACAAAGAUGACCAAUAAGGAGGUGUAUGGCAGCGUCGCUGAGCUGUUAUUGGCUGGAGUCGAUACGACAUCCAAUACCAUGAUGUGGGCGAUGUACCUGCUGUCCAGGGACUCCAAUGUGCAGAACACCCUUUAUCAGGAGGUGUCACGCUGUGUACCAGGAGACAACAUUCCAUCUGCUCAAGAUGUCAACUGCAUGCCAUACCUCAAGGCUGUAAUCAAGGAAACACUAAGAAUGUACCCUGUUGUCCCCCUGAACUCACGCAUCAUGGCAGAGAAGGAUGUCAUUAUUGGCGGACAUUUUUUCCCCAAGAAGACUUCGUUUACAAUGUGCCACUACGCCAUCAGCCAAGAUGAAAAGACAUUCCCAGAACCAUCGAAGUUCAAGCCUGAACGAUGGUUGAGGGACGGCCGAGUCCGGCCAAACCCCUUUGGCUCUAUCCCAUUUGGUUUUGGGGUUCGGGGUUGCGUAGGUCGUCGGAUAGCUGAACUGGAGAUGUACCUGGCUUUGUCACGGAUAAUCAAGCUAUUUGAAAUCAGACCGGACCCCAGCAUAAGAGAGGUGAAAGCUCUCAAUCGCUCCGUCUUAGUAGCAGACAGGCAAGUCAAUCUGCACUUCCUGGAGAGGACGGACAAAGCUGCCCUUUGAUAUGUUAAAGACAGGUGAUAGCCAUUUGUCACCAAGCAGCCUACAAUAUCUAUCGCUGAAUGUAAAUAAAAACACACUACAGUUCAAAGGUUUAGGGUCAAUUAGAAAUGUCCUUGUUUUAGAAAGAUAAGCAAUUUUUUUUGUCCAUUU